CUCUUUGUGGGCACCUCCUCUCCUGGCCAUCACCCUUUCCCCGGGCGCUGCGACCUAAACAUGUGCCUCGCCUGAACCUGGACUCUGGACCUGACAGGAAGUUUCUUCCUCCAGCAAAGGGGCCCCACAAAGUCCUCACAAGGAUAGUGGUUAUAUGAAGAACUGGUCCCCACAGUGAGAGACAAACAAGCCCCCUCACUCACUCACACACACUCUCACUCACUCACACAUGAACACACACUGUCACACAGAUGGAGGCGGGAUCAGUCGAGCAGAUCCAGUCCGGACCCUGCAGCCGAGGCGUUCACAUCUGGAGCCGCUCUCCCUCCGCGUCGCCAUGGAAACCCCUCUGCCCUGCACUUGUGCGUGAACCUGCUCCGACAUGUGGAGGCCCGGCGCCGAGGUGAGACCCAGGUGAGAGCGGCGGCGCCGAGAGUCGACAUGAGGCUGUGCAACCGCGGCUUCAUGAUGCUGAUGACCACGGCCGGCGCCUUCUGCGCCUUCAGCCUCAUGACCAUCGCCGUGGGAACCGACUACUGGCUCUACUCCCGCGGCGUGUGCCGCUCCAAGAACCACAACGACAACGAGACGGUCCGCAAGAAUGAGGAGGUUCUGACCCACUCUGGGCUGUGGAGGACCUGCUGCACCGAGGGAACCUUCCGGGGCGUGUGCAAAGACAUCGACCACUUCUCGGAGGACGGCGGCUACGAGCAGGACGCGGCUGAGUAUUUGCUCCGGGCAGUCCGGGCCUCCAGCCUCUUCCCCAUCCUCAGCGUGGGCCUGCUGUUCCUGGGCGGCGUGUGUGUGGCGGCCAGCGAGUUCUACAAGUCUCACUACAACGUCAUCCUCUGCGCAGGCAUCCUCUUCGUGUCGGCAGGUCUCAGCAACAUCAUCGGCAUCAUCGUCUACAUCUCGGCCAACUCGGACGACCCCAGCCAGAGCGACAACAAGAAGAGCUACUCCUACGGCUGGUCCUUCUACUUCGGGGCGCUGUCUUUCGUGCUGGCGGAGAUGGUGGGGGUGCUGGCGGUCCACGUCUUCAUCGAGAAGCACAGGCAGCUGCGCACCAAAGGCCGGCCCUCGCUCCUCAAGCCCCCCAGCUCCUGCGGCUCCGCCUACUACCGCAACCGCUACUGCCAGAACCGCUGCCGCCGCUACAGCUCCCGCAGCAACCACAGCGCCGCCGAGUCGGCCGCGCACUCCUCUCUGAUGAGGGACUCUGAGCAGGAGUCCAAGGAGGCCCAGCUGGAGGGUCUGCCGGAGCCGACAGACGUCGGCUCGGAGUUCAUGCUCUACGCCUUGGCGCCGCCGGUGAAAGAUGGUGGCCUGGAAGGGACAGACAUGGAGGGCCACGGGGCGACGGAUGUGCUGGCGGGGAGCAACAGGCGGACGACGCCCGUCUGAGGCACCUGGAUGGUGGCGCCAUCCUCAGGACAGUUGAGGUCCGAGUCGGCGUCCUCGGCUUGGGGGUCAAAGCGAAGGACGAGGAGAAGGGAGUGCAGUGAGGUGGAGCAGGAGCUUCACCAGGAGACUCAGGAGUCUGAUGAUGAUGAUGGAGGUGAGGAAGAGGAGCACAGUGAAGAGGGUCAUGAGGACGUGAGCGAUGAUCCUGCUCGGAGCCACCUCAGGUCUUCUCUGAUCCUGUGAAGAGAUCUCUGGCUCCGUGGUGGUCUUGGUCCUCACAUCCUCUGCUGUUACAUGAACAUGCGACUCCGACUGGGGCAGGACGACUUCCAACACGUGAACAGAAGCACCACGCCCUGCUUUGUCGGACCAAAAAUCAAAGGUCCAUUAGCGCAGUCGAACUGGUGUUUGUGUGUCCGAGUGAGAGCGUCGUGUCGUCAGAUGGACCUGCGGCGGUGCUUCGAGGAGGCAACGCCUUCGAUUCAGGAAACGUGAAGGAGAGAGAAGAAACCAAGCCAAUAACUGACUGGUGUUUAUGCCU